UAUUUUUUACUGUGGGGGAAAGCACCACAGGGCCAAGACGGGGGAGACAGCCAGGGAGCUUUUGCUUUGCCCCAGAAAGAGCAGGGCAGCGGAAGGUAGUGGCUGGAAGUGGUGGGGACGGGUCUGUGUAGUAGCAGCAGUAGUAGUAAUGGUAGUAGUGGUUGCGGUGUUGUGGUAACUAAGCAAACAGGCAAGCAGUGGCAAAGGAACUGGCGAUCGAUAAACUACGUAAGGAAGGAGCGUCGUUUGAAACAUGGUCACGGAGUAGGUGGAACAUAUGUAACUGAGGACAUACAGUGACAGUAACAGAAGAAGGACUCUACAGCUCAAGUGUGGUGGUGUUUCGGAGAGGUCAUUUGGAUUUGAGAAACUUGGAUAACACCUCAAGAGAGAGAUUUUUUGAUCCUAUUUUUUGUGGAAAAUUCCACAUUGUUUGUGGGGUGUGGAAAACCUCUUUUUUGUGGUGGAAUCAAGUAACCCCUUGCAUUGCAUUGCUGUCUACUACGGAGUGUGGAUCGGGAGGGAGUGUGAGCGAGAAGAUUGAGGAGUGGACAAAAUGGAGGGCGGUGGCGGUGGCGGAGGAGCGUCCUCGGGCGUGAUGAACGAGGAGGAGCUGAAGAGGAAGCAGAAGGAGAAGCUGAAGAAGAUGCAGGCCACGGGGGGCAACCCUCGGCCCGCACGCACACUCUUCUUCUUCGGCCUCAAGAACCCUGUACGCAAGGCUGCCAUCAGCGUCGUGGAGUGGAAACCUUUCGAGAUGAUCAUCCUACUGACUAUCCUGGCUAACUGCAUCUCACUGGCCAUCUUCCUACCUCUGCCCUUAGACGACACCAACAACUCAAACAGCACCUUGAAUACGCUGGAGUACAUUUUCCUGGUGAUCUUCACAGUGGAGUGCUUCCUAAAGAUAGUGGCGUACGGCUUGAUAUUACAUGACGGCGCGUACUUACGAAACCCAUGGAAUUGCCUAGACUUCGUCAUUGUCUUCAUGGGUCUCUUCACUUUCAUCGUGGACACCAUCAACCUGCUGAGUGGGAUUCAUGUGGAGAAGGGAGGCGGCUUCGACAUGAAAGCUCUCAGAGCCUUCAGGGUCCUACGGCCGCUACGACUCAUCACCGGUGUCCCCAGUCUGCAUGUGGUGAUGAACUCCAUCAUCCUCUCCAUGCUGCCCCUGUUCCACGUGGCCCUGCUGGUCUUCCUGGUGGUGACCAUCUACGCUCUCAUGGGCCUGGAGCUCUUCAAGUGCAAGAUGCACAAGACCUGCUACUACACAGGAACAGAUAUCUAUGCGACUCCGGAGGGGGCGAUGCCUGCCCCCUGUGCCCAGGCAGGUCACGGGCGUCGCUGCCUCAUCAACGGGACAGAGUGCCGAGGAGACUGGCCGGGACCCAACUACGGCAUCACACACUUCGACAACUUUGGCUUCGCCAUGCUCACCGUCUUCCAGUGCAUCACCACCGAGAGCUGGACCAAUGUGCUCUACUGGGUCAAUGAUGCUAUUGGCAAGAGCUGGGCCUGGAUCUAUUUCGUCAGUCUCAUUCUUCUGGGCUCUUUCUUCAUGCUUAACCUCACCCUUGGAGUCCUCAGUGGUGAGUUCUCUAAGGAGCGUGAGAAGUCAAGGUCCAGGGGCGAGUUCCAGAAGCUCAGAGAGAGGCAGCAGAUGGACGAGGACCUGAAGGGUUACAUGGAGUGGAUAACGCACGGAGAAUUCGUUGAGGGGCAAGCUCUGCUUCCUUUGAAAGAGGAUGGCUCCGAAACCGACAGCCUGUUUGAGAUGGAAGGAUUGAAUCGUAUACUCUACUACUAUCGCCUGGCUCGCCGCUGGAAUCGGGUGUUGCGUUGCAAGUGUAAGAUGGUGGUGAAGAAGAGGAUGUUCAACUGGCUGGUGAUCCUCAUCGUCUUCCUCAACACUCUGGCCAUUGCAACGGAGCACCACCACCAGUCUGACACACUCACACUCACACAAGACGUGGCCAACAGGAUCUUCCUGGCGCUGUUCACCAUCGAGAUGAUCAUGAAGAUGUAUGCGUUCGGGGUGAUGCCGUACUUCAUGUCCGUCCUGAACCGCGUGGACUUCUUCGUGGUGGUGGUGGGCCUGCUGGAGGUCAUCCUCAUCGCCGCGGGGGACAUGACCCCACUCGGCGUCUCGGUCUUGAGGUGUAUGCGACUGUUGCGGCUGCUUAAAAUCACCAAGAACUGGUCGUCGUUGAGUAACCUGAUUGCCUCGCUGCUGAACUCGGUGCGCUCCAUAGCCUGCCUCCUCCUCCUGCUCUUCAUCUUCAUCGUCAUCUUCUCGCUCAUCGGCAUGCAGGUGUUCGGAGGCAAGUUCAACUUCCCCGACGGAGUGCUGAGACGCAGCAACUUCAACAACUUCCCGCAGGCACUCAUCAGCGUCUUCCAGGUCCUGACAGGUGAGGACUGGGAUGCUAUUAUGUACGACGGCAUCAUGUCUCAUGGAGGACCCACUUUCCCCGGCAUCCUCGUGAGCAUCUACUUUGUCAUCCUCUUCAUCUGUGGAAACUUCAUCCUUCUGAACGUCUUCCUGGCCAUUGCUGUUGACAACCUGACAGAGGCAGAGAGCCUGACAGCAGCCCAGGACGAGAAGGAAAUUGAGAAGGAGCUUAAGAAAAAGUUAAGAGCUGGUUGGAGUGAGGAGGAGAAGGCCAGGAAGCUGGCUGAGCAGAGGGCCAAACUUCAGGAAGGAAUGGCCACCACAGCUAAGAUGAAAAUCGAUGAAUUCGAGUCAAAUGUGAAUGAAGUGAAGGAUCCCUUCCCCACUGCAGACUUCCCAGGUGAUGAUGAGGAGGACCAGCCGGAGAUCCCGGACAGCGCGCGGCCCAGACCCAUGGCCGACCUGCAGCUCAAGGAGGAGGCCGUGCCCCUGCCCCCCGCCAGCUCCUUCUUCAUCUUCUCACCCGAGAACAAGUUCCGUAAGUUCUGCUUCUUGGUCAUCAACCACACCAAGUUCACCAACAUGAUCCUGCUCUUCAUCCUGCUCAGCAGUAUCUCCCUGGCCGCUGAGGACCCCAUCGACCCAAAGUCCUUCACCAAUGAGGUCCUGGCCUAUGCUGACAUUGUCUUCACCACUGUGUUUACCAUUGAGAUCAUGCUCAAGAUGACCGUAUAUGGUGCCUUCCUCCAUGAGGGUUCCUUCUGCAGAAACGCCUUCAACAUCCUCGAUCUCAUUGUCGUCAUCGUCUCUCUCCUGUCCUUUGGAUUGGAGUCCAGUGCCAUCUCCGUCGUGAAGAUUCUCAGGGUGUUGAGGAUUCUAAGACCCCUCAGGGCUCUGAACAGAGCCAAAGGCUUGAAGCAUGUGAUCCAGUGUGUCUUCGUUGCUGUCAAGAGCAUUGGCAACAUCAUUCUGGUGGUGUUGAUACUUGACUUUAUAUUUGCCUGCAUUGGUGUGCAGCUUUUCAAGGGUAAAUUCUACUCCUGUACAGACCCUACCAAACUCACAGAGGAAACGUGUCAGGGAAACUUCAUCAAGCACUUAACGAAUGCUAUACCUGACACUGAAGUCCGACCGCGGGAGUGGGUCAACCAUGACUUCAGUUUCGACAACAUAUUCAGCGCCAUGCUCACCCUCUUUACUGUGUCCACGCUGGAGGGCUGGCCUGAGUUGCUGUAUAAAGCCAUCGACUCGGACAAGGAAGACAUGGGCCCCGUCUUCAACAACCGUGUGGACAUCUCCAUCUUCUUCAUCAUCUACAUCAUCCUCAUCGCAUUCUUCAUGAUGAACAUCUUCGUGGGAUUCGUCAUCGUCACCUUCCGAGCACAGGGCAAUGACGAGUAUCAGGAUUGUGAGCUGGACAAAAACCAGCGACAGUGUAUCCAGUACGCACUGAAGGCCCGGCCUCUGAAAUGCUACAUUCCCAAGAACCCGCGGCAGUACCAAGUGUGGUACCUGGUCACGUCCUGCUACUUCGAGUACCUCAUGUUCUUCCUCAUCAUAUUAAACACACUCUGUCUGGGCAUACAGCAUUGUAACCAGUCAGACCAAGUCACCAAGCUGGCUGACACCCUCAACAUCAUCUUCACGAUCCUCUUCACCAUGGAGAUGGUUGUCAAGCAGAUUGCCUUUAAAUUAAAGGGCUAUUUCGGAGACCCGUGGAAUGUCUUUGACUUCCUCAUCGUGAUCGGCAGUAUAGUUGAUGUGGUUCUGAGUGAAGUCGACAGUGCCCUUGCCUCCAGUGGUGGCCUGUAUUGUCUUCACGGUUGUGCAGACAUCAACCCAAUGCAAGUCAUUGCCGACGCAGAGAAUGCUCGCGUUACCAUCACGUUCUUCAGGUUGUUCCGUAUCAUGCGUCUGAUUAAGCUGCUCCAUCGCUCAGAGGGGAUACGGAACUUGCUGUGGACGUUCAUCAAAUCGUCACAGAUUUUCCCCAACGUGGCCCUCCUCAUCAUCAUGCUGUUCUUCAUCUACUCUGUAGUGGGGAUGCAGAUAUUUGGCAAGAUAGCGUUAGUGGACGGCUUAGAGAUAAACCGGAACAACCACUUCCAGACAUUCCCCAGUGCCGUCCUGCUACUAUUCCGGUGUGCGACAGGCGAGGGCUGGCACAGGAUCAUGCUGGCGUCCUCCUACGGGAAGCUGUGCGACCCCAAAGCGGACGUGCACCCUGGCGAGGAGUACAUGUGCGGCUCCAACUUCGCCCUCUUCUACUUCCUCAGCUUCUACAUGCUGUGCGCCUUCCUGGUCAUCAAUCUGUUUGUGGCUGUCAUCUUGGACAACUUUGACUACCUGACACGUGAUUGGUCAAUCCUGGGCCCACACCACCUGGACGAGUUUAAGAAGAUCUGGGCAGAGUAUGAUCCGGAAGCCACGGGGCGAAUCAAACACUUAGAUGUUGUGACGCUACUGCGGCGAAUCCAACCACCGCUUGGCUUCGGUAAAUUCUGUCCUCACCGAGCUGCGUGUAGGCGCUUGAUAGGCAUGAACAUGCCCAUGAACAGUGAUGGCACGGUGACCUUCAAUGCGACCUUGUUUGCCCUUGUCAGAACGGCCCUCCAUAUUAAAACAGAAGGUAACUUUGAACAAGCCAAUGAGGAGCUGAGGCAGAUCAUCAAGAAGAUCUGGAAGCGCACCAGCAUGAAACUACUGGACCAGGUCAUCCCACCCAUGGGAGAUGACGAGGUGACAGUAGGAAAGUUCUACGCCACCUUCCUGCUGCAGGAGCACUUCCGCAAGUUCAUGAGGCGUCAAGAGGAGUUAUAUGGCUACCGUCCCACCAAGAAGAACGCAGCGGAAAUACAGGCUGGUCUGCGCAGUAUUGAAGUUGAGGAGGACACUGGUGGAGACCUGCACAGGACCAUCUCAGGGGACCUGAUCGCCGAGGACGAUAUGGAGAGGGCUGCAGAGGGGGGAGAGGAAGGCAUCUACAGGAGAACGGGAGGUCUGUUUGGCACUGGCAUGGACCAGAUGUCGGAGGAGCCCAGCAGUGCCCAGGGGGCUAACGUCCAGCGCAUGAGGCCGCUCUCCUUCACCGAGUCCCGGCCAGAGGACGCCGAGUCCCCGCCCGCCUCCGCCUUUAACACCAUCGAGUUCUUCCCCUCCAACACCAACAACAACGCUGCCAACUUUGCCAGAGGACUUGUGUAUGAGAACGAACUACCGUUUGAUGAGGAAAUAAGUGGACAAGAGCACUACGAGAGAGACGAAUCAUUAACAAGAGCCAGCCUGCUGAGGCGCCUGUCGGAGAUUCGGACAGACGUCACACAGUUUCCUGUUACGCUCUCCAAUGAUGAGUACCCCUGCCCUGCUACGGACCAGCUGAUCCAACAGCAUCUGAAGGAGAGUGGCCUGGUGACGCUGGCGAGAGACCCGGCGUACAUUGCCAUGGCAAGGAACGAGAUGUCGGAGGCCGUCCAGAUGGACAUGCCCGAGAUGGAGGGCGCCGCCCAGGUCAUCAUCAAGGCCCCCCCAGUCGCCCCUGCCCGCCCCUCCCGACGCAAGCGCCGCCCCAUCCCCGUGCCCCCCUCCUCCUCCACGGACACAGGAGAGGCCACCACCCAGGUCUAAGGCCAGCAGAAAAACACACAUGUGACCACCUUUGGCAUGUGGCCUAUGAUGACGUGACGUGACGUUACUUACAGUACAGUGACAGGACGCCAUCAUGUGACUCAACAUGAUGCUGUGAUGACAUCAUGACACCGUGUGAUCAUGUGCUACAUCUCCUACACUUGAUGUCAAUGUCAUGUCAUUUUACUUUUUACUUGAGACUUAUUGUGCAGGUAACAUCCAGUGCAUUAUUUAAGUUUUACUUGGUGCUGCAUGCACUUAGAAAAAAAAUCACACCAGUUACGGCUAGGCCAGACUUACUGAAUGACUUAUGGUAGUCAUUGUUAAGCCAGAAUCAAUCUAUCCAAGCACACUUUUAGUAAUAACCUCUGAGUAACUAAUCAUUCAACAUGAAAUAAAGCGAUUUUAACAGGACA